UUACUCGAUCACUUGUUCUCAGUAGUAAAGCAAAGUUCGGUGAGACUGUUCGUUUAUCGUACAUUUGGAGCGAAACACAAACUCAAGAAGGAAAUUUUUGUUUGUUUUCACAUAUAUCGUAGUUGUGAAUAAAAUUUUGUGCCUCCAAAGGAUGGCAGCCACCAAAGACGACAGCACCGACAGUGUGCAAUUUUUCGAAGGAGUGGAGAAACUCCUUGAGAUUUGGUUCACAAGCAGCAAUAGCGUAAACAGAAAGCAGGGCGAUCUUAGGCAGAUUCCUCGAUGGAAGUGGCAAUCGUUACUAAAAAUCGUUCGUUGUGAGAUUAUCAGCAUUUGUCGCACCGAGCAUGUGGAUGCUUAUGUUCUCAGUGAAAGCAGCAUGUUCCUAUCAAAACGUAGACUUAUCCUUAAAACAUGUGGCACAACUACCCCUCUUCAAUGUUUGGAGCCCCUUUUGGAACUUGUAAAAGAGUAUACUGGCUUUGAAGAAGUAGAGAAUGUAUUUUACUCCAGGAAAAAUUACAAGAAGCCAGAGUUACAAAUAUCCCCGCAUCAAGCAUUUGAAGAAGAAGUUGCUUUGCUUGAUACAUUCUUCCCUGCUGGGGAAGCUUAUUGUUUAGGCUCUGUAGAUUCAGAUUGUUGGUAUUUAUACACUUUGAAUAAAGAGAAGUCUGUAGAUGAACCCAUAGAACCAGAUCAAACUUUAGAGAUCCUAAUGACUCAUUUAGAUCCAGAAGUAAUGUCUCUUUUCACUAGAGAUGUAUGCUCCUCUGCAGACGAAGCAACUCAAAAAUCAGGAAUUGACAAACUUAUUCCAAACAUGAUUAUAGACGAUUUUUUGUUUGAACCUUGUGGAUAUUCAAUGAAUGGAGUAUCUAGAAAUGGAAAUUAUAUGACUAUUCAUAUUACACCAGAGCCAGAGUUUUCAUAUGUCUCAUUUGAGAGUAACAUUCCAGAAGCAUCAUAUGAGGAAAUAAUACGACGUGUUCUAAACACUUUCAAACCAAAAAAAUUUGUUGUAACUAUCUUUGCUAACAAAGAAUCAAUCGCUGCUACUUGUCCACGUGAUUUAGAGCAAACUGAUUAUCUGAAAGGUUCUGGUGAUUGGCUACGUACAGAUGUGCAAUAUUGCCGCUUCAAGAAUUAUGAUUUGACCUGUGCAUUCUAUUCAAGAUUCCCAAGCUGAGGGUUCAUGGACGCUUCAUUUGGACCUAAUCAAUUAGGAACUAAUGAAGCGCUUAUUAAUAAUUCUAUCCGUUCUCAAACUUCCUUUUCUUUUUCCAAUUCCAUAAAUGAGGCAAACAAACAUAAUCAGUCUAUAAAACAUAUAUUAAAAUCUGAAAAUAUUUACAAAGAACAUGAUCUUGUAUCUACUCAAUAUAUAAAACAUAAUAAUGAAACAAAUCUUAACGAGUGCACUAUACAAAAUUCUAUAA